AGCCGGUGUGUGAGAAAUAACGGUCAAACAGAGAGAAGAAGAAAGUCACGUCUUCUUUCGAAGGUCACGAUGGCAGCACGACGGGUUGCGAAGGAAGUUCCAGCCUGGCAGAAAGCUCUGGCCAAAUGGGCAUAUAACAGAUCUUACUUCAAUCAGAUAGGUCUGAUGCGAGAUGACAUCCUUGAUGAGUCAUCCGACGUUAAGGAAGCUCUGCGCCGGUUACCGAAGGACGAGUACGACGCCCGCAUGUUCCGAAUUGUCCGGGCUCUUCACCUCAGUGGCAAGAAGGAAAUUCUACCUAAAGCGGAAUGGACAAGUUACGAAAGGGACGUGAAGUAUCUAACACCGUACCUGGAGGAGAUUCAGAAAGAAAAACAAGAGAAGAGAGAAUGGAACAAACAGUAGCCAGACGUGUGCCAUCUUUCUGUGUGUAGAACUGUGUGAAAGUGACUUCAGUCCUACAAGGGCUAGACGUUUAUAAAAUUGCAGUGAUUACUGGAGAAAAACAAUGCUGGGCAAUAUGUUCCGUGCAUUUACAUUUGAUGUGAGAAAUUUUUAUAGAAAAAGCAGGGUUGGGGGAAGCUUUUUAAGUUUUAGAAAAAAAAGUUUAUAUUAAGCAGAAGGAACCAUGUUAGUGAAUAAAUUAUAUAACUGCUGAUUUUUUUUAAUGGAGGUUAGCCACAUUAAAAUUACAUUUGACUAAAAGAAAUUAGCAUAAAUUACUGAUUUUUCGGAGAAAAUAUUCAAAAUUUCUGGACUUGCCUAAGAGUGAAAUACCUAUAUUUAAUAGUGUAAAGCCUGUUUUGGAAUAGUUAAAUUGAUAUUAGUGGCAACUUUUAUUAAAGUUCCGUUUAUAAAACAGCCAAGAUUUCACUUCUGUGUCUUGAAUGUAGGCAGUAAUUAACACAUGUAAAUACAGGUUAUUAAUUUAACAAGUUGGACGAAACAUUUAGAAUCGGAUUAAAGAUUACUAAACUAUUGUUA